AUGAAUUUAACGCGUACUUUCUUCAAGCCAAGUGAAGAUGCGAUGAUUAUCAAGUGGCGCAAGAAGCGUCCAGAUGCCCCAUGGUCUGAAAUUGCCAAGAAGAUUAAAGGCAAAACUGCAAAACAAUGCAACGACAGAUAUAACAAACAUCUUAAGCAUGUUCGCAAUGAUACUCCCUGGACUGCACAGGAAGAUCAAAAAUUGGAUGAACUUGUUAACCUCAAUGGCCACAAUUGGGUUCUGAUAGCAUCCAAUCUCGGAAACAGAUCAAACAUUGAGGUUAAGAACAGGUGGACUGUUCUUAACAGAAACAAAAACAAAAAAGAAAGAGAUGCUCCAAAGUUUGAUAAGCCCAACGUUGAACAAUCUCCUCCUACAAGCAAUGAGGAUCAGAAUGUCCAAUCAAGACAGGCAUUACCAAAACCAACAACAAAUACAGACGUUUUUAUGCAUGAUGAAACGCCAAAUCCAAAUUUUUUUGAAAGGUUUGAAAUCGUCACAAACACGCACGAACUUUGGGAUCUCUUCGAUAAAGUAUCCAAUGGUAACGCCGAUCUUGGCGAUUUCGGAUAUGUGCCUAUGUUCUAUUAA